GCAACAAGACAUGUGCUAUGACUCUGUUAAACAGAUCAGGAAAAUGGAGCUCUGAUGAAUGUGGCAAAGAAAAACCCUUCUUCUGUUAUGAUGACAAUUUGAUCCUGGUCAAAGAAAACAAGACCUGGGAGGACGCCCUUUAUUACUGCAGAGAGAACUACAAUGACCUGGUGUCCAUUACUAACCCUGAUGAACAGGACUGGAUCCAGGAGAAAGUCAAGCAGGCAAACUCUUCCUACGUAUGGCUGGGACUGCGCUACACCUGCACUCUGGGUUUCUGGUUCUGGGUCACUGAUGAGGUGGUGAAAUAUAAAAACUGGGCAUCUGAUGGAACGACUGAUGGCUGUGACAUGUCUGGAGCCAUUAACGGAGGAAGCCCACAUAAGUGGUCAAAACAAGCUGAUAAUAAAAAGUUUAAUUUCAUCUGUUCUAAGAAGUACAAUCGUCUCUAA